UUGAGAUUUUAAUGUCGAUGAUGAGUGUCAUCUGCUAUAGUAAUUUGUUACUUAUUUACUAAAUUUUUCACUUAUCGUUAUCAAUUAUAAACAAAAUCAUAAUUCGGAUGAAAAUUUUAUAACGGGUGUUUUUUACAACUGUUAACUUAAAACAGGAGCAAUAAUUGAGGCCUUAGUUUCAAUUUAAUUGAAUUAUAUAAAUGUAUUUUAAUAAAAUAAACAGGAAAUAGGAUAUCCAUUACUUGACUCCAGUUAAAUUUCGAAUUACUUAGUUUUUAUGGAAACAUAAGAAAAAAUAAUUUUUAAAUAUAAAGGUAAUCUAGGAUAAUUUUGCUACAUCAAUUGUAUCCUAACAAAAAAAAUGUCGACUCCACCUAAUGAUAAUCUGACUAAGUAUAUGUUGGUUGUUGUCGGCGAUGGAGGUGUUGGAAAAUCAGCUCUAACUAUACAAUUUAUUCAGAAAUUAUUUGUUCAAGAUUAUGAUCCUACAAUAGAAGAUUCUUAUCGCUCACAUACUGAAGUUGAUGGCCAGUGGUGCAUAUUAGAUGUUUUGGAUACAGCAGGACAAGAAGAAUUUAGUGCAAUGAGAGAACAAUAUAUGAGGAAAGGAGAUGGAUUUCUAAUUGUAUACUCGGUGACCGACAAGCAGAGUUUUGAAAAUAUCCGUCACUUUGUCACUCAAAUUCUUCGAGUUAAAGAUAGGGAUCAAUAUCCUAUGUUAGUUGUUGCCAAUAAAGUUGAUUUGGUACAUUUGCGUAAAGUUUCAGAAGAGAAUUGUAAAGAUUUAUGCCAAGAAUUGAAAAUUCCAUACAUAGAGACUAGUGCCAAAGAUCCACCAUUGAAUGUUGAUACUGCAUUUCAUGAGAUUGUACGGAUAAUUCGAACUCACCCCCCAAUGCAAGAUAAAGGAAGGCGUCGUUUCUGGAUCAGAAGAGGAAGCCAUUGUGCUCUGAUGUGAAUCAUACAUUUUUGCAAUAUUCUUUUGUAAACAAAAUUACAUAAUAUAUUUGUAUUAAUCAUAUUGUGUUAGCUGCUUGACUACAAUUUUAUGUAUUACAUUUUGUGAUAGAUGAGAUGUUGAUAUUUCUACAAUUUUAUGCAAUGUUGGACGGAAAAGAAAAGUUUAAAAGUUUUUUCUCUAGUUAUCUGAAAAACAAAAUAAAUAAUCUAGAUUGCAUUUUUUUAAUCAAAAAUUAUACUUUGUACAAAUUGUUGCAACUCUAUACUAGUCAAUAACACAUCUUAACUAUAUUUCUACUAGAUUAUUUUAUUUACUUAUAUUUACAUUACUGUUAGUGAAUCAAACUAUUUGUUGGGAAUGACAUUUUAUACAAAAGUUAAAGCACAUCUUUUUACUUGGUUUCGACCAACUUAUUUUAUUUAAAGCAUAGAAUUUGCUUGUUCCUAAUUACUGCUAUGGUUAAACUUGCAUUUUAAUUUCUAGUUCCUAACCACUGCUCUAGUUAUUGUAAAGUUGAGCUCUAAUUUUUUUUAAAGCUAUUGAGGUUGUUGACUUAUAAGUUGGUUAUUUAAUUUUUCUCAUAUAUGAAGCAUAAAUUAAUACUAACAUUAAUUUAGGUCCCCCCCCCGUUAUUUCUAACCCAUUUAUCAAUUUUAAGAAUGAAUGUUAGGACUAAAAUAAGAAAACUCUCUCACAACUUAUAGCUGACAUUUUAAAACAGUAAAUCGAAAGAAAUGUUUAGAUACUUGUAACUAUUUUAGACCAUCUUAAUUAUAAAUUAUAUGAUUUUUUUUUCAAUUUUAAAACUCUAUUUUGAUUGAGAUGGUAAAAAGAAUUAGCAACAUUGCAGGAACUAACCAUGGCAAAACCUGUAAUGGUUUAAAUUUCUUUUGUUGAUCUUUGAUGUAUAAAAGUGUGAUUUUUCUAUUUUUCUCAAUUUUAACUAUUUAAUAUUUAUACCUUUAAAGUGGUAUUCUGUUGUUGUGCCAUUUAAUUUUUACUACUAUCAGGAAGCAAAAUUAGAUAAUAGUGUAAUGUUUUAUCAAUGCAAAUGUAUUGCUUGAUUUUUCAGAAAAGUUAUGUAAAAAGUAAUUUUUAUAUAAUAUAUGAAAUAACUUGCAUUCUUAUAUAAAUUAUACAGAAAAGAUUUCAAAAUGGGAGCUUAAAUUAAAGAUUAAUGCAUUUAAAUAGCUGGAAUCAUUUAAAUUAUUUUUUUUUAAUUCUCUGAUUCAAUUUCAAACUUAUUUUUAUUUAUUUUCCUGGCAAAUAUUAAAAUACUAUCGAUGAUUUAAGCAGCAUUUUAAGUAAAGCACUCUGUGGGAAGAAAUAUCUGAUUAAUGUGCAGUUAAGUUGCAACCGAUUACAGGUAUUCUUUGACGAAAUUUCUGCUAAAUACUCCUAAAUGUUCUCUUGAUAGAUUAUCUUCUUUUAAGCAAUUAAAAAAAAAUUUCCCCCCCCUUUUAUUUCUAUGUGAUUGCUGCGGCCAGCGUGGUUAAAUUUAUUAUCAAUUUCAACUGUGAAUAGUUUAAUCCAUAUUAGGAAUAUUUAACUGAAUAAUAAAAUCAUUUAGCAAUAAAUCAUUUUUCCCUAGACUAAUUUUGCAUUUCUGGAUAUUAUUUUAUAUAUAUAUUAAUAUGUUGCAGUUAAGGUUUUUAAUAUGUUGGGUAGAAAUAAGUCAAACUCCUACAUAAGAAAUUUUCUAUACUGCCUAUUUAGAACUGUUUAUUGAUUACUGUUUUAUAAAACUUAUUUUUGUACAUAAAAAUUUAAUGUUUUACUUUUUAUUGUGUGUUUUCAGUUGUGCAAUAAUAAAUAUAUUAUAGUUAUUUAUUUUUCUGAAACAAUGAGAUGGUGUAGUAGAAAGUUCUGCAUUUAAGGAUGAACCAUGGCAUAUUUUAAUAAAACAAUCUUUAUUUAAUAGAUUAUUGUUUAUUAGUUAGUUCAAUAUAUAAUUUGUUCUAUUCUUGUCAUUUUUAUUUUGCAUUUAAUGAGGCUAUUCCUUAUUUAAGAGAGCUUAUUUCUACAGCUUUAGUUGUUUUAAUUACUUUUAACAGCCUAAUGAUAAAGCAUUUAAUUGCUUUUAUUAAGUAUUUGUGUUAAAUGUUAUAUGUCUACUUAAUUUUUAUGUAUCAUUUGAAGUGUAGGCUAAUUGUGUAGUAAAGCUGAAUAAUUAAUGUAACUAAAUAUUGUGUGAAAAUUUGUGUGUUCGUAACAUUGUCGUCUGUUUGUAAUGGUACAUUACUCAUAAUUAUUUUGUGACAUUGGCUUGAAAUUUUAAUAAAAAGAUUAUGUUUGCUUCAGAA